UAAAGCACAUAAACCUUAUAUUUGAUGUGGCUCCAGACUAGAUCCAUCAGUUUCUUUUGAGGUUUAACCUUCUUAGAGAGGGUCCACUGCAGCGAUGGGCUUGGCUCAUCCUCCCUAAAAGAGGAUGUUCUAGCCAUUCAGCCAAAAGGGUAUGGCAACUACAAGGGGUUAGAACAAGGAGCAAUGUCCUUUACAGUGCAUGUGGCGCCGAAGAGUAUGGUGCAGUCAUGGAUGAUCGGUGUCAAAAAAUGGACAGCCAUCAAAUAAGACAGUCCACGGGUCUAUGCCGUAUCAUGCAUGGCAUGUGUUAUUUGAUGACCGUUCUUCUUUGAUGGUCGCCAUCCAUGGAUUGGAAGAAGAUGAUUGGAAGGGCAAAGAGCAUAAGUCACUAAAAGCUCUCCCAUGUGUGGUCAUUAGCCAAUCACAUUCAUCUCACUCAUAUCCUGUGUCUUACCUUGGAUCUGGGGACACAGGAGUCUUUUGAAAAUCCUCUGAUCGUGUAUGAGAGAAAAAUAUCCAGUUCUAUCUACUCAUCAAUGGAUUCUUUUCAGUUACCCCAGUCACAGUCACACUCUCCUUGGGAAAGAGAGGUUCACAGGGCAAAAAAAAUACCCCACGGCUCACCACUUCUCCUCAUAAUAAUAAAUCUGAGCCCCACUGGAUUUAUGGGCCUUGAAGCAGGGCUCGUCCAAUUGCUGUGACUGCUGCUUGUAGUUAUUGCAACCUUGAUUGUGGGAGUAGAACAAAGGAUUAUAAAUUGAUCCUUUUCUUCUCUAUGUUUCCAUAUCAGUAUUGGCAUUUUUGGCUCCAAUCAGAGGUUGGAAAUGAGGAAGCAUGGGUGGCAGCUUCCAUACCAUCUUCUUCUGGUGGUAGCUGUUGCCGUUUUUCUGGCAUUGGGGUUUGCUUUCUAUGUAUUCUUUGUGCCCCUUGUUGGAAAGAAGCUGUUUCAAUAUGUGGUGAUGGGGACCUACACUCCCCUGGUAAGCCUUUUCACCGACCAAUGUGAUUCAUUCCUCCUCUUUGUUUUCUUUCCUGAUAUUUUCUGCGUGUUUGAGAUGGGACCUAUCUGUGGUGGUUGCAUGUUGGGUUCUUACAUCUUUCGGUUGAUGGAGUUGGAUAUACCAAUGCUGCUUGAAAAAUGCAGAAGUACUGAUAAUGCAGCUGAUAAUGUCUUCUGUUUAUAUGUUUCGUGUGCUGCAGCAGAUCCUGCAGAUCCAGAGAUGAAGCACAUGCUGCAACAACUGGUGACAAAUCACUGGAUGAGCAUAUCCACAAAGAUGCCAUUGAUGGAAAAGAGUGUGAUAGACUUCAGAGAGAGCUUAUCUUGUUGCUAUACUUUCUUGGCUGUUUUCUUCAGCUGGUGUCCUUUGUCUUUUAAACUCACUCAGUGCCAUUCACAUGAACAGUCAUCUAAACAGCAAAUAAGCGAGGAGAGCAUGUUUUUCUGCAGUUUAUGUGAAGUUGAGGUAUGCAAUCUGCAUCAGAUGAUGAUGAUUAUGAUGAUGAUGAUUUAUAAGAUUCUUCAUCCUCAUGGUUUCUGCACUUCUCCUGAAAUUGGCACAUCUGUGAAUCCCACAGCUAAGAAGAUGAUGGUGGAGGAAUCAACAAAGAAAAAAAGUGCAGGAACUGCCAAAAUUAGUCCGUGGACUCUGGCACAUGUUAAUGCAGAUGAAGUUUCAAAAGCAGCUAUAGAAGCUAGAAAAAGGUCCAAGGUUCUGCAGCCAAUUGUGAGACGAGAAUUGCCACUGGGACAUGGCAUAGACUAUAGCUUUGGAAGUGGCAGUGGCAGGAUAGUUCCAAGGCCUGAUAACAAAAGCUGGCCUAACAAAAGAGGCAGGUUCCUGGUAGACCUUCCUUUUGAGCCCCUUGCCAAAAUAUCAGCCAGAACCACUGAGGGUGACGACAGUGACUUGGCUCCAGAGACAUCCUCUGGUUUAGCACCUCUGCAGCUUGAAGCAAGGAGUGCUUUUUGGCCAAACAAACCUGUGUCUUCUACAAGAAUUGUUGCCUCUUCUCCUGACAGUAGUAUAGACUCAUCUGAUCUGCAUCCAUUUCACAUUUCCUCAUCUAGGGCUGAAGAAGUACAGGGGCUCACAUCUAUUCCUGUCCCAGGCAUUGUUGCACAGAAGGGCAUUCAGCUCUUGAGAUCAACCAGUGAUGAGUAUGAAGCAUCAGGUGGUGAAGACAGUGAUCAAAUUCCAUAAAGAAUUGUGCACAGAUCAUCUAACUGGGCAAACCUAGUCCUCAUUUCAGGCUGUGAUAAGAUGGCAGCUGAUUUCAAGGCAUCCUCUGCAAGUUUGCAAUCUUAUACUAGACCGUUUUAAUAAAAAAUGAUGUCUAAGCUUCACAUGCUUGGAUCUGCUUUGGCAAUUAGCGGUCGAAAAUGGUCACUGAGACUUGCUGACCAUUUCAGAUGAAAAUGGUUACUGAGAAGAUUUCCUUUGGUUGUCAAUAUUGCAAAGACUGGAUCCUGCAUGAAACUUUAUCAGGUCUUGGAAAAAAAAAAGAUAAAAGGAAAUGGCUCUAAUGCUUAAACUGUGUUAUGGUCAUUUGCCGUACUUUCACAUUCAUCGCCUUGUUGGUUUAUCAUCGAUGUUUUGCUGGCAUUCCAAGUUGAACUAAGUUCACUUAUGCAAGACCAUCUACUUGCCAAAUACUAUCUGAUAUUAUUUCAGACCUCACAAAAAAAAGAAAAAAA